AUGCAAUACAUUGCUGACAAACAAUUCAAGGAAUCAUAUGAUUACGCAACAGAACACAAAGUUGCAUUGAAAGGAGAUCUUCCUAUUGGUGUCAACAUUAAUUCCGUUGAAUGCUGGGCAUUUCCAUCAUUAUUCAGAUUGACAAUGUGUGCAGGAGCUCCUCCAGAUGAUUUCUCAAGCGAUGGACAGAACUGGGGCUUCCCAACAUACAACUGGGAAGAGAUGGAGAAGGAUGGAUUCGCAUGGUGGCGUGCGAGAUUACAGAGAAUGGCUGAAUUGUAUCAUACAUUGAGAGUUGAUCAUAUCUUAGGUUUCUUCAGAAUCUGGGAAAUUCCAAGAGAAACAUGUGUCAGAGGUUUAUUGGGACAUUUCUUCCCAAGUAAUCCAUUGACAAGACAGGAAUUGAUACAGAUGGGAUUAUGGGAUAUCGAAAGAUAUACUAAACCUUACAUAAGAGGAAAACAUUUGCUUGAGAAGUUCCCUAACAAUUAUUUCGAAAUCGCUCAGAAAUAUUUAGUCGCAAGAAAUAUUUCUAAAGAUAAUGAUACUUAUGAUUUCAAGCCUGAAUAUAACAAUGAAAAGAAGAUUUACAAUGCUGUAAUGAAUGAGCCAUUAAAUGAUUGGCAAAAGAAGGAAUUACUCCAGAAGUUGUUUGAAUUACUUGGAAAUGUUUUGUUGAUUGAAGAUCCAGAGAGACCAGAUACUUAUCACGUGAGAACAGAAGUAAAGAAGGAAUCUGUUGAAACAACACCAGAUGGACCAAUCAUUCAUUGGAGUACAUCAUGGUUGGAAUUACCUGGUGACCAGAGACAGAGAUUCGAAGAACUUUAUAUCGAUUACACAUACAGAAGACAAACAAAUCUCUGGGUUGCUAAAGCUGAUGCAAAACUUGGUGUUCUUAAAGAUUCUACAAAUAUGUUGAUUUGCGGUGAAGAUUUAGGUCAAAUCACUGCAGGAAUCAUAAGAUCUAUUGAAGAACACGCUUUACUUUCUCUUAGAGUACAGAGAAUGUCUAAAGAUCCUGCUUAUGAUUUCGAUGAUUACAACAGAUUCGCUUAUCUUUCUGUCGCUUGCCCAUCAACACACGACACUUCUUCGUUGAGAGGAUGGUGGGAAGAGAACUCAUCUGUCAGACAGAAGUUCUGGUACAAUGUAUUGAUGAGACACGAACCAUGCCCAGAGAGAUUAAGUACUUACUUCCAGGAAAUGAUUCUCAGACAGAAUCUUUGGUCAAAUUCAAUGUGGGCAAUUUUCUUGCUCCAGGAUUUGACAGGAAUAAACGAAAGUUUGAGAAGACAGUCUCCUGAAGAAGAAAGAAUCAACAUCCCUGCUGAUCCAAACCACAAGUGGAGAUACAGAUAUCCUUACUCACUCGAAGAACUCAACGACCACAAGGAGUUCAUGGCACAAAUGAGAGGCUUAGUUGAGGCUUCUCACAGAAUUUAA